AAUCGGAAGCUGGAACUUCUGAGAGGGUGGGCGGGAACUGCUUCACAUUUAGACCAAUAGGCACCACACAUGCCCUUCUAGGUGAAUGAGCGGCAUCAUCUUCAGUCCAAUAGGCGAAUGGGGCGGUGCCCAGCAACCAAUGGCUUGGGUUCGGGGGCGGAGUAAAUAGCCAGUGUGCUGUAAGAGAUAACCUGGCUAGUGGCAGCGGCGCUUUUCCCGUGCUGUGGCUCGCUCACGCUUUGGUACUGGAGGCCAAGACUGUUUUGGCGACGGCGACCUCUGCGGCGACGGCUGAGGCUCUCGGAGGAGUGACGGAGUACGGUCUGGAGGAAGGGCUUCUGGUCAGCCCAGGUGGGCUCGGGCACCCGGGCUGCCGGGGAGGGGACCCGCGAUUCUAUCAUAAUGAAUGGAUCCAGUGUAGCCAAUACAUCACCUAAUGUAAAAUCCAAAGAGGACCAAGGAUUAAAUGGGCACGAUGAGAAGGAAAACCCAUUUGCAGAGUACAUGUGGAUGGAGAAUGAAGAAGAUUUCAACAGACAGGUGGAGGAGGAGCUGCAGGAGCAAGACUUCUUAGACCGCUGUUUCCAGGAGAUGCUGGAUGAAGAAGACCAAGACUGGUUUAUCCCCUCACGAGACCUGCCUCCGGCUAUGGGACAGUUGCAGCAGCAGUUAAAUGGACUGUCAGUCAGCGAUGGCCAUGAUUCCGAAGACAUUUUGAGCAAAAGUAACCUGAACCCGGAUGCCAAGGAAUUUAUUCCGGGAGUGAAGUACUGAACUGACAGAAAGCUUUGAGGAGAACUUGUAUGUCCCCACAUCUGGGGACAGUGCUGCACAAAGAGGCAGAGCUGAAGAGGGGG